AUGAACCAAAAGUCAAAAAAGGUGCAUGCGGAUUCUCAAAUAGAACUAAAAUCUAAGAAUCCUUAAAGAUAAAUACGCGUGGAUACUUAUGGAUAGCAAAUUUUGAAAGGAUAAAAAAAUCAUAAAAUUGCAUUCAAGGAACAUAUCAAAACAAUUCACAUUGUAGAAAAUUGGAAAUUGUACAAUCUUGAUCAUGUGGAUAAGGAAGAUGAUUCUUGUCCAUGUUAAUUAAUUUGA